UUCAGAGGGGUUUUCGGCGGGCGGGGGAAAAGGUGGAGGGAUUUGGGAGAUGGGGAGGGGAGACGAAGGGACGUCGGAAGGAAGAAGGGAAGGAGAAAGAGGAAGAGGUGGAGGGAAGAAGAAGAGGAGGAAAGGAGGAUGGAAGAAUGGAGAGGAAGAAGAGGGAGAAAGAAGCAGAGGGAAAUGAGGAGGGAGGGAGGAGGGAGAGAUGGGAAGCGGAGAGGAAGUGGUGGGAAGCGAGCAAAGAAGGAAAAGGUGGAAGAAGGAAAAGAGGAGGAAGAAGAAGAGAAGAGGAAGAGGAAGAGGAGCGAAAGAAAGCAGUCACUCACUCACUCACUCAGUCGGCGCUGAUGCGACACCUUCGGGCUUAGUUUCGUUUUUCGGUUCACUCGUGCGGGAAUCAAUCAACAAGGGCUAUGCCUGCUGUCUUUCCAUGUCCGCCACACUGCUGGCUCGCGCAAAUCCAGCUUCAUCAUUCACGCUGUGUGUGAUCUAUCUAUUUUACUUCUACUUCAGGAAAAUUCCCCAAUUGGUCUUCUCGUCGCGUUGGUUGAGAUGCUGGUGCUGUACUGCUGUGGCUGACGCUCGCCUGGUAUCCUUGAUUACUACCACCACAUAAUAAUUAACGGACAUUUUUGACUAGACUGCAUGUCAUGUAAAGAAUU